AGAGGUGGAGGAAACCCUCAAGAGAAUCCAGAGCCACAAAGGGGUCAUUGGAACCAUGGUGGUCAACGCAGAAGGCAUUCCAAUCCGAACAACCCUGGACAACUCCACAACAGUUCAAUAUGCGGGUCUUCUCCACCAGCUGACCAUGAAGGCUAAGAGCACGGUCCGGGACAUUGACCCCCAGAACGACCUGACUUUCCUCAGGAUCAGAUCGAAGAAACAUGAAAUCAUGGUAGCCCCAGAUAAGGAAUAUCUUCUGAUUGUCAUCCAGAACCCAUGUGAGUAGACCUGCUGCAGCCAACUCCAUCCUCGUGAUGUUAUCUGGAAGCCCUUCACUCCUCUAGUCCAUAAUAUUGACCCUAAUUGAGUCUAUAGACAUGCUCUCCUAUUUUGACAACAAAAUGGUCUACAUGUCUCCCUUAGCCCCUUUUGUCUGUACUUUUGCUGUAUAAUAAACAAAUUCUGCCAUUUA